CCCUGAGGGAAGCGUCUAGAACACGUGCGCACCGUUAGAUCAGCGCAGGACGGAGCAAAGAGUCUGUGUCAGUUAGGCGUCGAGUCGACUCGAGUCGGGGGUGACCGCGGCUGCCCGGAGCUGCUCUUAGUGUUGUUACCGGAUGAAAGCUGAAACAUUUGUGUCGUGCGUGGUGCGCAACCUUUCCAGAUUGAAAGUGGUGGUCGGUUGUGGAUUUGUAUGUACGACCAUUGUGUAAGAUUUGACAGCAAACAUUGCGGAUUUCGCUCGGCACAAAUAGAGCCCAUCCAAUCAGAAGUUUUUCCAAGUUAAGUCAAGAUGUUUAUACUGAACCCUCCUUCCAAUCGAGAAAGACUUGAACUUGGCUGGCUUUGGAAAACACGUGAAAUGCAGGGUGCAAAACACAAUAGUAGGACUUGAAGCUUAAGCCUUUCUCCCACGUAAAGCUUAGCAUUUAGUGUAGUUUCCUUGGUUUCAUGUAUCCACUGUCAACACAUGCUACCAAAAGUUAUCCAACAAUUGAUGGAGAAUGCAAGGAAAGGUAUUUUUCACGAUGCUAAGAAGUUGUUUCUUAGCGAGCAGGCAGGCCGAGCCCAGAUUCAAGACUUUGCAUGCAAGAAUGCGGCCAACGUACUUUCUCUCUCAAAUCUUGUGAUGGGACUUUCUUCAAUUCUAUGUACCUUAAAUGGGCAGCAUUUAUACGCUUGUUGGCUAAUCCUUUUUGGGUUUCUUCUUGAUCUGGCUGAUGGAGCUGUUGCUCGACAACUUAAUGCUUGUUCUGCUCUUGGGGCCAAAUUAGAUGAUUUUGCAGAUUUCACAACAUUUGGAAUUGCAACUUCACUAUUACUGCAGGCCCACGGCAUACUGAGCAGUGUUUUCAUAAUAUGCUAUGUGAUGGCUGUGUUUAUACGUCUCUGCUUCUUUUCUAGUGGAAUUCCAUUUGUCUACCGGGGCCUUCCCUGUCCUUAUGCUUCAGUUAUCCUAUCCUCAACCUUUGUCUUGACUGGAGGGAAUUGUUUCUUCCUGCAUAUCGCUGCAGUGGUGAUGAUCCUCUUCAUGACUGACCAAGGCAAUUAUCCCCAUGACAGGAUCUUGGAAACACAGCUUUGGAAAAAAACUGUGUACAUCGGAGGUGAGGUGCCAGAAGACUGGAAGACAGCAAAUGUGGUAGCUUUAUUCAAGAAGGGCAACAGGGAUAAGUCAGGUCUGAUGAUGUUGUUUUGCUGUCCCCUGCGGCUGACCUGCAUAUACUAUUUGAUUUGGUGUUUCUCCUAUACACUUUUCCCAUCUGCUAUGUGGAGCAAUGAAUAAUAAAUCCCUGUUUCAUGGAUACCCUUCAUAUUACAUGAUUCAUACAACAGUGCAGCAACCAGAUCAAAUCACAUAAAAACAGCCGUACAUGAAAACUGUAGAAAGAUUGACCUAUUCUGUCCUAAUAGGGUGAUACGGUUUUCUUUUUAAAGUUUCUGAACAGAAUGGAGGUACUCAUAUUUUGCAUCCCAUUAACUAAUUCAUUCGCAGUAAUAUCAGUCAUUCCUGAUUUUUUUCACAAAUCAGUUCCGCACAGAACGAGCAGAAUGUAACAUUCGAGGUUCAAUUAUGAGUUUGAAAGGAUACGAUCUUUGUAUUUAAAUCACUCAUUAAAACUUUAAGCACUUUUUACAUUUAUUCAAAAAGUUAUGAAUGAUGUAUUCAAAAAAUGACUUUCCUUUGUUUCAUUUUUAUUGAAAUAAAAACAUUGUUCAGUUU